AUGGAAGGUCAUGAUAAGAAGAAUAAAGUGGCGACGAAAGAAGUCCACGUUCAAACCGAGCAAAAAAUCGGCAAAAAUGUCCACGUUCAGACCGAGCAAACAGCAAUCACGCUCGACGGUGAACAAACGAAUGAUCGACUACACGCAAUGAGCAAAGGCGUCGAGAUCAAGAGUGAUUCACCGCACAAGUUUGACGAGCUACAUUUGAACUUGAAUGAAGAAGAAACACUUGAUCAAAAACAAGCGAAGUAUUCUGAUAAUGCACUUGAUGGCUCUAUGACAAAAUAUCGUCGAGUCGUAGAAACUAGCACUGAGGAACAAAUUUUGACAACUACGAACAUCAUCAAUGCUAUAGGAGCAGACCUCGCCCCCGUAACCGGAUACGCCGAAGAACGUUUGUUGCCACUUUCCAAAGCAUGUGCUCCGCUGCCCAACAUCAUCGACGACUUAUCAGG